AAAUAUUUCACUAAUCGAAACAAAACUUGAUUAUUUCUAAACUUAUCGUUCUUACGUCUAGCUGUAGACAAAUUAAUGACGGAAAUAAAGCAUACUGACAAUGGAACAGUGGAAUUGCCAAAAGGAAAAAUAGUCGGAUGCUCGUGGCAAGUUAUUAGAAAACUCGGAGAAGGUGGCUGUGGAAGUGUAUACCUCGUCAAAAAUCUUGAAGAUGAGACUGAGGCAGCAAUGAAAGCAGAAUCAAAUGGUGCAGCAGGAGGAUGUGUUCUGAAAUUAGAAGUCGCAAUUUUAAAGAAAUUGUCAGGCAAACCUCAUGUCUGUCAAUUUCUUUUUGCUGCAAGACUGACGGAUUUCACUUACGUGAUUAUGACACUUCUUGGUGAAAGUUUGAAUAAAAUUGUCAAAAGAAUAGCUCGUCAAAUCACUGUCUCUUCGCAAGUCCGUAUUGCUGCUAAUGUGCUCUUUUGUUUGAAACAGAUCCAUGACAUUGGAUUUAUCCAUCGUGAUCUGAAACCAGCUAACAUGGCGCUCGGAUACAAGACAAAUAACGACGAAUGCCGCUUUUUUCAUGUCCUUGACUUUGGACUUGCUCGUCAAUUUGUUGUGUCACAAUCCGAUCAACCAAGCAAAUUGAUGAUGAGAAGACCAAGGGAGAGGUCCCUUUUCAGAGGCACAACACGUUAUUGCUCAAUCAGAAUGCAUGAUCGUGCUGAGCAGGGAAGAGUGGACGAUCUUUGGAGCAUGGUGUAUCUGCUCGCUGAGCUCCGUGGACCUCUUCCAUGGUCUUCGCAAAGUGAUAAGCGAGUCGUUGGAGAGAUGAAAAGACUACAUUCCGAUGAAGUCGUUCUUCAAAAUAGUCCGAUGGAGUUCUUAGAGAUUGCCAAGUACUUGAGAAGUCUUACAUACUUCCACCGCCCGGAUUACCACAAAAUUUUCAUGCUUCUCAUUUCGGUCAUGAGUAAAGGAAAAUUUGCAUGGAAUGAUCCAUUUGAUUGGGAAAUGCCUAUCUCCACAACACCAUCAAAAUCAACACCAUCUAAAUCAGUUACAAAGUCGCCAGCCCAAUUGAGUAAGGAAACAGUCAAAAAAGCAAGUAGAGAGAAGACAUUGAGUAAGGAGAAGACGAGCAAAGAAGACAUUAAGACGGCACGGAAAACGAGUAUUGAGAAGGAUGUUAAGGAGAAGCUGAGUAAGGACAUGGCGAGCAAGGAGAAAAUCAGUCUCUCGGCUGAGAAAAUUAAUAUGUCGGCAGAAAAGAUAGAAGAAGAUAAUAAGAAGGAAGAAUACAUGAGAAUGUUGCCAUUUGAUCCUGAUUUCUUUGCUUCUGACCCCAUUGGUUUCUGAAUAAAUAUUUUUGAGAAUU